AUGACAACAAAAGAUCAUGAAGAUGCAUCAAUUAUAAGAAUCCAAAAGUUAAUCCGAGGGACUUUAGCUAGAAAAUCAUUACUAGUCACAAUGCCAGAGUAUUCAGCCUUUAUUUUUCGAAAAAGAAACAGAGAAAAUUACGGACCGAAAAUCAUGUAUGAUUCAAACAUGAUUUUUGACGAUUUUGCAAAUGAAUUAAGACGGUAUAAAUUAAAAAACACAGCCAAACCUCCAGGUAUUUCUAAUUCUAAAAUUGAGAAAAAAGCAGAGGACAGUAAAGAUUCUGAGAAAAAGUCUGAGGAAGAUGUGACAAUAAAUGAGCCAGAAGUAAAAGAAAAUCCGGGACAGGAUGAAAAAAUUGUAAAUAAGGAAGAAAAUUUUAAAGAAAAUUUAGAGGAGAAAAAAAUUGAGAAUAAUGAAAGCAGAGAGAUGGUAGAGAAGAAUGAAAAACCAAAUCCUGAUUAUUUAAAUUUGGAUAAGCUGAAUGAGAUUGAUAAGAAGAGUAUUCAACUAAAUAAAUUAGAUUAUAUUACGAAGGGUGGCUAUAGUCCCAUUUUCAGAUGACCAAUCUCAAAAUAGACCACAGGGUAGUAGAGGUAUGCUACGUUAUUAUGAGCCCGUACCCGAAAACCCUGAUUUCUCUGCUAUUCAAGUAAGGCCACUAAUCAUUAGAAAUAGUGCUGGGUUUCUCGCUUUAAGGCUAGCCUAACCCUUGAGCAGCUUCUUGUGUCAAAAAAAUAUCAGUCACCAAGAGCUGGUCAUUCGCCACCAGCCAUUUUAAGUAUAUAGUAUUCAAGGAAUAAGUGUCAGAGCUGAUUAUAGCCCAGAUUCUUCACGAAGAGAUAGUGUAACAAGCGAUAUAGAUGGAGAUAUCAGCCCUGAGCUUAGCAAAGAUAUUAGUGCUGGAGAUGUAAAUACUUCACGACACAAAGAUAUUCUUAAUAGUGAUAUAGAAGGCAUAAGUGAUAUAGAAAAAGAAGAAAUUGGCACAAUAAUCCAUGAUAAAUCCCAAGAUCAAAUAAAUGAAAAUGAGUUAGGUGGACGAAAUUCUGGUUCUGAUAAAGAAGAAAACUCAGAUUUAUAUAUAAAAGAAGCAACGGAAAAUAGUCAAAAUAAAGAAACAGAAAAUCUGAAAGAAAUGCAAACUUAUGAUGAAAAGUCUGAAAAUAAAAUUAGUGGAAUUAUAAAUGAAAAAGAUGGGACGCCUAAUGCAGAAAAUUUACAAAAAAAUAUUCAGAUUGAUCAAGUGGAAAAGGAGAUUGGAGGUGAAGAAGAAAUUGCUAAUGGGGAAGAAAUAGAAGAAAAUGGACAAAAUGAAAAUAGCUUGAUAAAAGAAGAAAAAUCAGAUAUAGUGCACAAAAAUAAUCAAGAUAUAGCAUUAGAUUAUAUUCCGGAAAAUUCUUGUAAAGAUUCAGCAGAAGAAGAAAAAAUUAAAAUAAAUGAGGAAAAUACUGUCACAAAAGAAGAUAAUUCUGAAGAUACUUCAGAAAGACUUAAAAAUAAGGAUUUAGUGGAGUUUCAAAAUAAAGAGCAGCAAAGCCAGUCUAAAGAAGAAUCCAGUCAAGAGGAAGAUAAAGCCUCUAAUCUCUUAGAAGAAAAGCAAGAUCUUAAUAAAAAUCAACUUCAAAAUGAAACUUCUCAGGUUGCUAAUAAAAUAGAAAUCUGUGAAAAUGUUGAAAAAGAAGAAGCAGCAAAAGCUGCUAUAAAUGGCCCAGAAAAAGAAAUUGCUAAAAUAGAUAGUAUUCAAGAAAAUGCAAAUAGAAAAAAAAGCUUGGCUUCUAUGAGAAAAAAUGAAGAAGAAAAAGUUUUGAUAACUAAUAAAGAUAUUCUCAAAGAUAAUCAGAAUACCAAAAAAGCCGAAGAAGAAAUCUAUAAACAUGAAAAAGUUGGAGUAAAUAAGGAUUCUCCAAAAGAAAAUAACUCAGGGAGCUCUUUGGAAAAUAAAAAUAAAGAAGUUGAAAACCCUUCAGAAAAAGAAAUUUUGAAGGAAAAUCAAGGAAACAGUAGUGAAGUUCCAGAAGUCCAGCAAAACCCUACAGAAAUCAAAUUAAUCCAUGAAAACACAAAAACAGCUAUCAUAACUCUAGAGGUUCAAAGCGAAAGGAAUUCUGAUUCACUUGAGAAAGUUAAAGCAGACCAGCCAAUAAAGAAUGAUGCCGAAUUUAACCUAGAAAAAGCCAAUCUCAGCAAUUCAUUUAGAGAUUCUCCUGCUCGAAAAAUAGAGCCGAACUUGGAAGAAGCAAAGGAAAAUAGUCCAGCAUCUUCUAAAGUUAUAGCACAAGAAAUAAUUAAAGAUGAUAAAAGCAGCAGCCAGAAUAAUGCUGAUAAAACAGAUGGACAACAAAUAGUUGAAAAUCCUAUAGAUUCUGACUCAAUUGUAAAACAAGAAGCGGAAAAGCUUAUUCGGAAGAAUUCAAUGAAGUCAAGCACCCCAAACAAUUUUGAAGAUAGCAAAAUAGAUAUUAAAAAUGAGCAAAAAGUUAUGCCUGAAAAUGAUACCAAUAAAUCUCAAGAACCUUUAGCAGGCAUAGAUAAUUCAGAAAAUGGCCAGGAUAAAUCAAAAAAUAAUACUGCAGAGAUUUCAGCAGAAUUUCCAAUAAAAAAUGAAUUAAUACUUGCUAAGAAAGAAAGUAAUACAGAGAAAAUAAUAAAAGAUUAGAUUGGAUUAAAUUCUAGCAGUAUACAGAGAUUACUGCAACCCUCGCUGCCCCACAGAUAGCUUCGUGUUGGCUCUAACUCCCCCCCCCCCUCCGUGAGCGAAACAAAACCAUUAGAAAAAUCGCCAUUUUUUGACCAAAAACCCACCCUCCGUGAGUGAACAAAAACCCACCCUCCGUGAGUGAACAAAAAUUUUUUUAAUAGAAAAAAAUUUUAAUGGAAAAAAAUUUUGAUAUAUAAGUGAUAAUUAGUAUAAUGAAAUCUAGAGCUAAUUCUGUUUAAUUUUAAACAAAUUGCGUUUUUAAAACAUAAAUUUUGCAAAUUAAAUUAAUAUUUGCUUCCCAAUUUUUGCAAAUUAGGAUUUUUUUUAAAUUUCGAAAAAAAAAUUUUUUUUAUAAAAUUUAUAUAUAAAUUUUUUUUAAAAAAAAAAAUUAACCCCCCUCCGUGAGCGAACAAAAUUUUUUUGUUCGCUCACGGAGGGGGGGGGGGAGUAAGCGCUAUCUCAAACCUGUCCUUUCACUUCUGAUGCUACCAAAAAUGAUGACGUAGGAGCUCUCUCGGGAGAUCGCCUUACCUGGCUCCUUGGUCCCAAUAAACGUCAAAGAUUCCCUGAACCUCCGACAGGGCUUGGAGUCUGAGUGGACACCUUUGCCUCAUCCAUGACCUAUCUGAGCCAUAUUGCAGGAUCGUUAAUGCUCCCAUAUAGUGCUGAGGGACAUUCUCAAGCAUGUAGAUCUACAAUCUAGAAAAAAGGUUGAGGGUCAGCCCAUAGAUCAAAAAAAAUCUACUCCUAGAACUUUUUAAUGUAGCUCUUCUCCUCUGGGUCCGGAUAAACUCUCAGAUCACCAGAAACCAGUCAGAUCACAUAUUUUAGUAAUUCUAAUAAAAAAAGAAGAAGAUACGUCAAAUUAUUUUGAGAAAGAAUAUGAUUCUACCCAAAAAAUACCAGAAGAUUUUGCAAGGCUAAAAGAUAAAGAAAAUGAAGAAAAGCCAUCAAAAAUUAUUAAGCAAGAUACACAAAGAAGUGAGAAAGUUAAAAGAUACCCUGAUAAUUCAGAAGUAAGUAAAAAUGAAAUUGACCCAGAAGAAAAAGAGUUAGAAAAAAAUUAUGACAAAGAAGACUAUAAAGUCGCAGAGAAUAGUGAAAAAGAGAAAGUUCAAAGACAAGAGGAUCAAAGCAUCUAUGAAAAAAUUAACCUAGACUCAAAAAGCCCAAGAAAAAAAUCGAUCAAAGCAAAUAUUAGUAUUACAGAAAAUAAGUCUAACUCCUCCCCCAUACUGAGUGCAUGAUUUUAUUGAAAAUUCUUAAAUUAACCCAUCCUGGUUCAUAUAAUCCACAUGAAGCAAUUCCUACAAGCUUAAAUAAAACUAUCAAUCUUUGAUUAUAAUGAAUAUCAGAGAUAUUCAGUAUAAUCACUUCUACACAACUUUUAUGCGAUUUCUAGCAUAUUUAGUAAUAUAUUAUAUACUCUAUCUGGUUAGUGCAUAAAAUAUUUUAUAUAGAAAAAAAUUUUAACCCAAUUUACAUAUAAUUUUUUCCAAAAAUUUUAUUUUUCAUCCUUAAUCGAACUAAAGCGAUCAGCACCAUCAAAAAUGGAGGGAUAAGCAAGAAAGAGAUCAAACUAUAGCUCCAAAGUACUAUAUGCCAGCUCUUAUUAGCGGAAUUAAGCCAGAAGUAGUCCCAGAAAAUCGCAAAGAAUUUAAUACUACCGAUCACAUUAUAAAUCACAAGCCAGAAGAAGCUUCAGAAAACCCCCCUGCAGCAGAAAAUAAAAUUCGAGCAAACAGCGAUAAUUUUCAAAAUCCACCCUCAAAAAAAUUCGAUUCCCCCAGCAAGCAGCCUUUUCAUCGGAAUUUUCAGAAAAAAAGUGAACGAAAAGCAGAUAACACAGAUAAAAAAGAUAAGAAAAUUAAUUCACAAACAAGCAAGCCUUCAAAAUCACAUGAAUUAGAAGAAGGAAAAGGGCUUACUCUGGAGCAUAAUAAAAACUUAGAAAAAAUUAUUGGCAGUGAUAUUUUUGCUGACCAAGAUUUUCAAAAUCAAAAUCCACUUUUUAAUCCGCCUCCACAAAGUGUGAAGCAUCAAAAAUCAAAGCCACCUCUUCCGAAAGAAGAAAAGAAUAGCUCUUUUUUGCAAGAAGAAUUAAAAGAUCUAAAAAAACUUCCAUCAAAUAAAUCUCACCAAACUCCUGCUUUUUCAAUAUAUUCAGAUGGAAGUUCUUAUUUGUCUGAUAAAAGUAUCAAUGUGAUUAGCAGUAGAGUUACACCUAUACAAAGUGCAAUAAACUCACAAGAUCCUAUAAAUCCUCUUUGAAGUCAGUCACCUAAUGAUUUCUUACAAAAAGAUCCUGAUUCUAUGCUAAAUUUCCUUUAUUUAAUAGCUUAAAUUAUAAACUGUUUUCAAAAUUAAAUAUUUUCAAGAGAAUUAAUUAGAAAAAAAAUUUGGGUAGGUAAGAAAAAACUUCUACCCAAACCAAGAGCUCCGAAGCAGUAAAAAUCCAAUUCUUCCACAUCUUGAUCAAACUGCCACACUAACGAAAAAGCGCAGCCCAAAAAGUCAAGAUUUUUUUGAAAAUCAUCCUCAAAAAAUCCCAAGUGACACCACAAACUUUUCUUCUACUCCAGCCAAAUUCAAGUCAAAAUCCCUAAACCAAACCCAUUACCAUGCAAAUCCUUAUAACAACGAGCCUGCCGACCUAAAUUUUGACCCAAGUAUAUACAAAACCAAAAAAUCUAAAACAAAAAACAGCAAAGAACUAGACGACUUAACAAAUCCAAAAACAGCUGGACAGUCCAAAAAGUCAACUUCUUAUGGAAAAUAUAGGUUCCAAUAUAAUCUUCAGCCAAAAAGUACCACAAAUGUGCUAGUUUUAGAUAAAGGGAGUCCUUAUGAGCUUGAAAAAGGGAUGAAAAUGCUACAAGAAUUUUUUGGGGUAAAAGUAGACAUUGUGGAUAAUAACCACAAAAAGAAGAUAAGAAUUAUCAAGCCAAAGCUGCAGAAUAUAAGGCUGCCUGCAAUUAAAACAAAAAAAGUCAUGAAAAAAGAAAAUUUGAUACUUUAA